AUGAAUGCAAUCAAAGAAGAAUUGUUAAGAUGGACAUGUAAAACGCAUGCAACGAAUAGUUAUCUUGACAAACGUAUGCUACGAGAAAAGGCUCUUGAAUUCGCGAGAACGCACGGUCUCGAUGACUUCAAAUGCUCAGAAAAAUGGUUAAAUACUUUCUUAAGGGGACACGGUUUCUCCGUCGAUCUACAGAAUCACAGAGGUCCAACGUUCGCCAACUAUCGCGAUUGGAUCGAUCUGAUGAGAUCCACCAUAAUUAAAUACAAACAUAACGAUCUAUUUCACGUGGACGAGUUGACGAUGUACACGGACGUUCUACCAUUGAGGAUCAUGUCGGAGGAGACUCUAAGCGAGACACGAAGAAAUCGGGUAACGAUACUGAUGGGGUGCAAUUCAUCGGGGACCACUAAAUUGCCGCUAUUGAUCUGCGGAACGUAUCCUUCGAAGAUAAGAGUGAAGGAGCACGUUUAUUGUAACAACGAAGACUCCUACAUCGAGGACGAAUUAUUCAGGAAGUGGUUGACGAACGUGAACGAGCGAAUGUUUAAUUGCAAUCGAAAGAUAUUGAUAUUUCUGCGAAGAAAUCGAGCGCACGCGUUGAAAGAUUUCGCGCCGAGUAAUUUGAAGCUCGUUUACCUUCCCGAAAAUUUCCCGCCUCUUUUACGACCCCUGCGGAAACACAUUUUUCAUUAUAUUAAGAUGAUCUUUAGACGAAGAUACGUGGAACGACUGAAGCAAUGUAACGAAGAAUGGAAUCUCCGCGACGUCCUGCAAUCAUUGAUCGAUGCAUGGGAGACGAUACCCCGUGAGAUCAUAAUCUUCAGCUUCCAAAAGACCCAUUUCAGAACCGACGACUGCAUUUUGCAAAUCGAGUGCGAUUGCUGGGACAGUUUGAAAGUAGGAAUUUCUUUUAAAAGAUUUGUCACGUUCGACGACGACCUUUCAAAUGCGCAACCGAACGGUGGGAAACACGGUCGAAAUCGCGGCUACAAUCUUCGGGCAAUCAACAAAAACGUGAUCGGAAUCGAAGGAAAUAACUUGAAUUUAGUAAACGAAUGCGGGUUAUCCCCUCAGUUCGAUCGAGGCUAUCAAAUGUCUUCGGAGCUUAGAAAUCACAUAGAGAAGAAAUUAAACAGAAUCUUGAAAGACAAGCAUCGCAGUGCAACUAGUUUCUUAAACAAGAACACAGAGAUCGAAAGGAAAUCUCAUAAAAGAGCUCACAGGGAGACGAGAUUCUCUGAGAAGGGAGCUUGCGAGGAGAGCCCUUUUGUGCCUGGAGAUUCUAACGUAACUAGUUCGAGAUCGAUAUACGGGAAGACGUUUGAAAAGGAUGAGGAACCUCAAAGACAGCAGACGGAAACGGAUGGCAUCAGAGAAUCCCUGCAGGCGGUUAUAAACAAAGCUUUGACUCUAACAUCGUUGGUGAACGCUGAAUACGCCAAGAAGCUAAUCGAUAGCAUUUAUGCGUCCAUUCAUGAAAUUAGUUUACAGACCGAUAACAUGGGACGCUUGAAAUCCUUUGAAAACCAGGGAAAAAUGGAUUACACGAGCGAACAACCGAGGAGAACAACAUGUACGAAGAUGAAAGAGAAUACAGAUGAGAUUUCGACGAAUUUACAGUUCUCAGAGAAAGGGAAUCAGCCGUCUACCUCCUCGAAUGAUGUGAUUUCUUUGUCAGAGAUUGCACAAAGUGCCAGAGAAGAAACAGAGUCUGUUCAACAGCAGUGUUCACUUGACUUGCAUAUAGAAAACUCAGGUGAGAAAAGUCAGGCGAAAUUGAAUCCGAAUGAUGAGGAGUCCAUUGUUCAAGAGGUUUCUAAUUUAAAGAAGAAAAGAGAGAAACCUGUCGAGGACGAUUCCUCUGCUAACGAACCGAGCGAGAAAAAGUCGAAAAUGGAUCACAAUUGGUCGAAACAGUUUGAGACUAACUUUGUUUUUGGCUCACAGAAUACAAAUUGCUCUAUGGGAAUACGGCACGAUGAUAACACUGUUGAAUCAGGUAUUUUCAAUGUGAAACCAUCCUUUUCUCCAAGAGAUUGA